CACUCGUCUUCUCUCUCACUCUCUUUCUCCUUAAGAAAAAAACUCUCCCGCGAUGAAUCUUUCCCGCCGUUGAAAUCAGAGGAAGCUAGAAGAUUGUUUAAAAGUUCAAUUAGUGAUGAAUAAGAUGGAAUUAGAGAUGGGUUUUACCUGAAUUAGAAUUUGAGGUUGAAGAACAGCUUGAAAUUGGUAGUUAGGGUUGGAUCUGUUUUAAUGAAGAUUUGGGGUUUGAUUGAGAACUGAUGCUGUUAAUGAGGGUUGUGGAAAUGGAUAGUAGAAUGAUGUGAUAAAGAGGAUUUUAUCUCAAUUGCCUGAGCCAGAUAAAUCAAAGUGCCAGGCGAUACAUCUACAGCUGAAAGCGAACUCAAGGAAGCGGAAAGUGAAUACUACAUUUGGCUUGAGUGGAAGAUUCAAUCUGAGAUUUCAUAAGGAGUUACUGCAGCUGCUAUUGCUACUCAGGCUUAUCAAGAAGCAACCAAGGAGAAACGCCGUGCACAAAUUGCUCAAGCAAUUGCUGCCGAAGUUACUGUGGUGCCGCCCUCAAGAUUAAUGGCUCUCAUUGGUCAGUCUCUGAAAUGGCAACAGCAUCAAGGUAUGCUGCCCCCUGGUACUCAGUUUGAUUUGUUUAGAGGAACUGCUGCAAUGAAACAAGAGGACGAUGAAACUUAUCCAACAACUCUUGGACAUCCUAUCAAGUUUGGAAAGAAAAGUCACCCGGAAUGUGCUCGUUUCUCCCCAGAUGGGCAGGUCCUUGUGUCUUGCUCUGUUGAUGGAUUUAUUGAGGUUUGGGACCAUAUAAGUGGGAAGCUCAAGAAGGAUCUUCGGUACCAGGCUGAUGUAUUUUUUGGAAAUAAAUAUUGUUGGAAAAUUCGUCUCGAAAAGUUGCUCGGAGCACCCCGGAGAACAAUUGCUAUACGGACCCCCACUUUUGCUAGGGGGCACCCGGCCACAGUGCCGCAACAAAGGAAGGGUUUUGAAAUUUUGUUUUCGAUUCUUCAUUUUUCAUUAGAUAGAGUUUAAUUUUAAUAUGUUUAUGGCUUUUG